AUGGCAAACGUUGCUAGCUUUCAUGAGCUUUUGAAACCGUUGAUAGUUUACUCGAAAAUAAUAGGAGUAGAAAUCUGGACGGCUCCGGGGAAAUUUGUCCCAGCAUCGUACUACCUGUCAGCUGCGGUGGUGAUUUACGUUAUCAGCACUGCAAGUACAGUAUUCAAGUACAGGAAUGAUUUACUCUAUAUUAUGAAAGUUCUCGUUACACUAGGUACUGGUGUACAGCUGUUUUUCAAAUUUUUCGUGGGACACGCAAAGGCAUACGACGUCAAAUUAUUAACCGAGAAAAUAGAGCUUGAAGUCCUUGAACGAUUUCAGAAAGGAACAACGGAAGAGAUUGCAGUACUUGAUCGGACCGGUCGCUACCUUUGGAUCAUUAUUCGAACUAUACGCCUAGCUUGUUUAAGCACUGUUGCUGGAUUUGCGUUGUAUCCUUUAUUUGCUUACUUCACAACAGGAGCAAUAGUACCAUUGUUGCUGGUCGAGCUGCCUUUCAUCGAUUGUAACACCACAACGGGAUACAUUUUGAAUGCAUUGUUUCAACUAAAUCUUCUUUUGUACGGUGUGGCAGGGAUCGUAUUGGCUGACUUCAUGUACGCAAUGUGUGCAAUUUACGCAAUGGCAGCAGCAGAUAUUUUCAUACUGCAUCUUGUAGAGCUGGAAUCCAUGUUAAAUGAUCCAGUGCAUGAUAAUACAAACAGGUCAGAAAUACGAGAAAUAUGGUUACAGUGUAUGUAUGAUCAUCAGCUGGGAAAGUGCUUAUUGAACGACGCAGAAGACAUCUUUGGGCUCCUAUGCCUCGCACAGGUGACGAUGGGAGUGUUUACCUUAUGCGAUUGUUUGCUGCUAGUAGUGUUGACAGACUGGUAUCCUACGUACUGUUUUUUCCUGGUUAUGUUUACAGAACUUACUUUCUAUUUUGUGGUUGGAAAUAUUGUGGAACUUAAGAUUGACGAAGUGUACAAUAAAAUAACCUCGAUGCCGUGGUAUAGGUUACCAGUUAAAGAACAGAAAGAGUUUUGCUUUCUCAUGGCCAGACAACAGCGUCCCAUGAUGUUUACAGCAUACGGAUUUCAUCCAAUGAAUUUUGAGGCAUUCAUGAGCGUGUUAAGAGGCUUGUACCAGUUUUUCGUAAUGAUCAUGCAGUACUUUGGAUAA